AACUCUUUCGCAGGGCGUGGUGGGAUAGUACUCUCGUCAUUGGAGGACUGAAAACAGUGCCCCAGCUGGCUGGCUAGCUAGCUGCAGAGGAGAUGGCUGCAGAGGAGAUUGUCAGGCCAGUGUCUGAAAACAGAGCAUCGUUUGUAAUGGUCAGCGACAACUAGCCGGCGUGUCACCCCGGUUGUUCCGUUGGUCGGCUUCGUCGGAGUGGUUAAAACAAUAUGGGGUGGCAGACUCUACAGAUCCUGAGGCAGGGGGUCUGGGCUUCAGUUACAGGCGGAUGGUACUACGACCCAGAUCAAAACACAUUCGUCAACGCUUUACAUCUCUACAUCUGGCUGUUUCUGCUCUGUUUUCCCUUCACACUUUACAUGGCUCUUCCUCCAACAAUGGUCAUUGUGGGAAUCUACUGUGGUGUGAUUGCUGCCAUGUUUCUGCUGCUGAAGAUGGUGAAUUACCGCCUCCACAAUGCCCUGGAUGAGGGUGAGGUGGUGGAGCACCAGGCCAAAGAGAGCCAGGGCAGCAGAGGUGGCACCGAGGGGGCUAACGAUGGAGGUGUCACUCGUCGGGAGGACAGCAAUGGACCGGGGGACCCUGGAGGGGGAAUUGAGAUGGCAGAGUUCAUCAGGCAAGAGACCCCUCCAGUGGACUGCAGUUCCAGAAACUCCUAUGUUGGAAUGGAGUCUAACCAGCAGAUUGCAUCCACCCAUGGAAGAGCAACAGUUGCCAAAGGGGAUGUGGGAAAGACCUCAGAUGACAUCAGUUUGACUCUUGUUGGGAGCUGCAGUCAUGAUCAUGAUCUGCUAUCAGACACAAAGAUGUACUGCCUUGUUCCCAAUGACUCCUUCGCCUCCAUGCAGCCGUCAACCUCCUUGUGUCCUUCAGAACUGUCCAGGGAGCCUGCUGAUCUCUGUAACUCUGCUGCUUAUCACUUCAGUCUGUCACACUCCUCCUGUGACACAGAGGUGACCACCCAUGCAUCCACACAAUCUCAGAACUUUAGGAAGGAGCUCCGUUCUAGGGGCCUGCCUCGGACCUCUAGCUCAGCAGGUUCUGCUUUUCCUGACCCAUGUCUACCAGACUUUGCUCUGUACCCUCCACCCAGGAGAGGGGGCCUUGACCCUGUGUGUGAGUUGGAGACAGCCAGGUCACACAGGGAGGGGGCUGAGCGGCUGUACCAACAGGACCAAGCUGUGCCCUCCACCUCUGGAAUAGAGUGUUACAGGCACAAAGAACCUCGCAGAGUUGCUCCCUCAGCCUCCAGGGAGGCAGGGGAAGGUAGCUCAGGACUGUACCAGGUGGAGGUGGGUUGUGGGAAAGUCUCUGGUAGAGGAGGAAAGUCCCAGGGUGGGGAGCGCAGUGCUGAUAGCCUGAGGAGUCUGAGUACUCGCAGCAGUGGCUCCACGGAGAGCUACUGCAGUGGUACAGACAGGGACACCAACAGCACUGUCAGCAGCUUUCAUAGUGAACAGACCAGCUCAACACAUGUGGAGAGCCUGCUGUCGCUUUCAGGGGAUGAGCGUGUACGGGACAGAGGAGAGGCUGCCUUUGCUCCUGCAGACGGCAGGACUUCUAGCCUCGGCAGUAUUAGCUCUCGAGGUCUCAGCAACCUUCCCUCCAGGGAGGCCAACAAAAACCCUCAUGCCAAUGAGCUGACUGCUAAACAACCUGCUGACAAGCAGGGGCAGGUGCAAGAUGACAUUCAAUCAAAAUCAGGCAACAUUGUUCAGAGGACUUCGUCCAUGUCAGCGGGGCGCAGUGGAUGCCGGCAGACUGGCAAGAAAAGGGCAAGCAGCUUUGAUGCCAGCCGUCACCGGGACUACAUAUGUUUGCGGGGUAUGGCCAAGCCUUGUAGUGCUGUGUUUACUGGGGGUAGAGAGGAGGACUCCAGUGAUCAGAGUGAACUCAGCUGUGCCUCUAGUCUCCACUCCACCCACCACCUAAGCAUGGAUAGCUCAUCUAGUACCACCUCCCACUCCUGCCACUCACCAGAGGGCCACUUAAGGGCCCUGAAAGCCAAGCACACUGCAGCCAGUGCAGCCUCCUCCUCCUCCACCCUAAAGGCUGCGGCAGGGUCUGAGGCAGGAGUGCAAACUGGAGGAAAGCGGCGCACCUCCCGCCGGAUCCCCAGCACAGGCAGUGCCAAAACGCAUGCCAGAGUGUUAAGUUUGGACAGUGGUACAGCUGCCUGCCUUAAUGACACCAGCCACCUAGGAGCUCCAGCUGGGCUGCAUCCCCUUACAACCUCCAAAUCGGACCUGGAAGCCAAAGAAGGGGAAGUCCUUGAUGCUGCAUCCCUGCUGGGGCGGGCCUCCCAGUUGGAGUCAGUGACCCGCUCCAGAAACAGUCUACCUAACCAGGCAGCUUUCACUGAGCUUCAGGACGCAACUGCUGCUUCCCUGCGGGCCCCAGGGAGCGAGGAGACAGUAAUAUUUCGGCGUGAGCGCAGCACAUUUCGUCGGCAGGCAGUGCGGCGGCGGCACAACGCAGGGAGUAACCCCACCCCACCCACCUCUCUCAUUGGAUCUCCUCUCAGUCUUCAGGAGGCUCUCAGCCAGGCUUCCCAGCCUUCUGCUUCCCAGGUGAAAAGUCAGCCAUCCAGAACUCCAUCCCAGGUGACUGUGCUGAGCACAAGCGCCUCCCUGCUGGCCAGGAAUGGAAGCACACACCUGGAGGGUUCUCAGGACAAGGCCUCAACCACUGGCGCUACCAGCUUGCAGGAUGACUUCGGAAAGCUCACUCCCUCCUUAUAUGAGGCCGGUGGAUGUGACUUAUCCCUGGUCAAUUUUGAACCUGCAGCCAGACGAGCCUCCAAUAAUGUAUGGGACACUGACUCCCACCUCUCUAGUUCUACCUCAGUUCGCUUUUACCCUCAUGACCUGAUCUCCCUCCCUCAGAUCCGUCUGAACUGUUUGCUGACGAUGGACCCCGAGCUGCUGGAGCAGCAGGAUGGAGACCUGAGCCCGGAGCUCCAGGAUGCACCACUGGGACCCGAGGACCCUGCAGCCACAGUUGCUGCCGGCAAAGUCAAGCAGUACUACCGUCUGUGGAACCGUGAGGUCUUAGAGAAUGUGCUAGCGGUGGUUCUCGCUGUCCUGGUGGCCUUCCUCAGUUCAGUGCUGCUGAUCCAUGGCUUCUUCACUGAUAUCUGGGUGUUUCAGUUCUGCCUCGUCAUUGCCAGUUGCCAGUAUUCCUUACUAAAGAGUGUUCAACCCGACUCCUCUUCACCUCGACAUGGCCAUAAUCGCAUCAUAGCGUACAGCCGGCCUGUAUACUUCUGCCUGUGCUGUGGCCUCAUUUGGCUGCUCCACUACAGCAGUCUGAGGACCAGCUCAUCCCGCUUCACCUUGUAUGGGGUCGCGCUCACCAGCUCCCUGGUACUCGCCUCUGCCAGGGAUCUUGUCAUAGUGUUCACUUUGUGUUUUCCCAUCAUCUUCUUUGUGGGGCUGCUGCCUCAAGUCAACACAUUCGUCAUGUACCUCUUUGAGCAGCUGGACAUCCAUGUGUUUGGGGGCAAUGCCUCCACAAGCCUCCUGUCAGCGCUGUACAGCAUCCUGCGUAGCAUCGUCACCGUCGCUCUGCUUUACGGCUUCUGCUAUGGAGCACUGAAGGAGACCUGGGAGCCUCAUCACAUCCCUGUGUUAUUUUCUGUCUUCUGCGGCCUCUUGGUGGCGGUGUCGUACCACCUGAGCCGGCAAAGCGGCGACCCCUCUGUCCUCAUCUCACUUAUACAGUCCAAGGUUUUGCCCAGUUUAAAAGACAAGAACCCAGAGGACCCUCUGUCAGAGGUACAGGACCCUCUACCAGAGAAGCUGAAGGCCUCAGUGAAUGAGCGUCUGCAGUCCGACCUGAUCGUCUGUGUGGUCAUUGCAGUCCUUUACUUUGCCAUCCACGUCAGCACAGUUUUCAUUGCACUACAGCCUUUCCUCAGUUACGUCCUGUAUGCGCUGUUGGGGACCGUUGGGCUGCUCACCCACUACCUGCUGCCUCAAGUCCGCAAGCAGCUGCCCUGGUACUGCUUCUCUCACCCCCUGCUCAAAACAAAGGAGUACUAUCAGUUUGAAGUCAGAGAUGCGGCUCAUGUGAUGUGGUUUGAAAAGCUGCAUGUGUGGCUGCUCUUUGUGGAAAAGAAUGUUCUUUAUCCUCUCGUCAUCCUUAAUGAGCUGAGUGGCAGUGCCAGAGAACUCGCCAGUCCAAAGAAACUUGAUACAGAGGUUGGCGCUCUGAUGAUCACAGUAGCCGGCCUGAAGCUGCUUCGUUCCUCUUACAGCAGUCCUACCUACCAGUAUGUGACCAUCCUUUUCACCGUCCUCUUCUUCACCUUUGACUACCGUCAUCUGUCUGAGACGCUGCUGCUCGACCUUUUCCUCAUGUCCAUUGUUUUUAGCAAGUUGUGGGAGCUGUUCUACAAGAUGCACUUUGUCUACACCUACAUCGCCCCCUGGCAGAUCACAUGGGGAUCAGCCUUCCACGCCUUUGCUCAGCCCUUUGCUGUGCCUCACUCUGCUAUGUUGUUUGUUCAGGCUAUAAUUUCAGCGGUCUUCUCCACCCCCCUCAACCCCUUCCUGGGCAGUGCCAUCUUCAUCACUUCCUAUGUCCGCCCCAUAAAGUUCUGGGAGAGAGACUACAACACUAAGAGAGUGGAUCACACUAACACUCGACUGGCCUCUCAGCUGGACAGAAAUCCUGGUUCUGAUGACAACAAUCUGAACUCCAUCUUCUACGAGCACCUUACUCGCUCCCUGCAGCACAGCCUGUGUGGAGACCUCCUCCUGGGCCGUUGGGGAAACUUCAGCACUGGGGAUUGCUUUAUUCUGGCUUCAGACUACCUAAACGCUCUGGUGCACCUUAUAGAGAUCGGCAACGGCCUCGUGACCUUUCAGCUCCGAGGGCUGGAGUUCAGAGGAACUUACUGCCAGCAGAGAGAGGUGGAGGCCAUAACUGAGGGGGUGGAGGAAGAUGAGGGCUGCUGCUGCUGUGAGCCCGGCCACCUCCCUCACAUCCUGUCCUUUAAUGCUGCUUUCGGACAGCGCUGGCUGGCCUGGGAGGUGCUGGUCACCAAGUACGUGCUGGAGGGCUACAGCAUCACUGAUAACAGCGCCGCCUCCAUGCUGCAGGUCUUUGAUCUGCGACGCAUCCUCACCACCUACUAUGUCAAGGGAAUCAUCUACUAUGUGAUCACUUCCCCUAAACUGGAAGAGUGGCUGGCUAAUGAGACCAUGAAAGACGGCCUGCGGGGAUGUAGCGAGAGGAACUAUGUUGACCUGGAUCCCACCUUCAAUCCCAACAUAGACGAGGACUAUGACCAUCGCCUGGCAGGAAUCUCCAGGGACAGUUUCUGUGCAGUUUACCUGGGCUGGAUCCAGUACUGCAACUCUCGAAGGGCCAAGCCACUGGACAGUGAGAGAGACUCUGCUCUGGUGCUGCUCUGCUUCGGCCUGUGUGUGCUGGGAAGGAGAGCUCUGGGAACAGCAGCCCAUCACAUGUCCAGCAACCUGGAGUCUUUCCUUUAUGGACUUCAUGCAUUAUUUAAGGGAGAUUUCCGCAUCUCAUCAGUGCGAGAUGAGUGGAUCUUUGCAGACAUGGAACUACUCAGGAAAGUUGUGGUGCCCGGAAUCCGAAUUUCUCUCAAAUUACACCAGGACCACUUCACCUCCCCUGAUGAGUACGAUGAGCCAGCAGUUCUUUUUGAGGCCAUCUCCUCCCACCAGCAGAACCUGGUCAUCGCUCACGAGGGCGACCCAGCCUGGAGGAGUGCUGUGCUGUCCAAUGCACCGUCACUGCUCGCCCUGCGCCAUGUCCUCGACGAAGGCACCAACGAGUACAAAAUCAUUAUGCUCAAUCGACGAUACCUCAGCUUCCGUGUGAUCAAGGUGAAUAAAGAAUGUGUGCGAGGUCUCUGGGCAGGACAGCAGCAGGAGCUUGUGUUCCUCAGAAACAGAAACCCAGAGCGCGGGAGUAUCCAGAACGCCAAGCAGGCUCUACGCAACAUGAUCAAUUCCUCUUGCGACCAGCCCAUUGGGUAUCCGAUUUACGUAUCUCCACUGACCACCUCCUACUGUAACACGCACCCGCAGCUCGGACACAUCCUGGGAGGCCCCAUCAGCAUCGGGAAUAUCCGCAACUUUGUUGUCAGCACCUGGCACAGGCUACGGAAAGGCUGUGGUGCCGGCUGUAACAGUGGGGGAAACAUUGAGGAUCCAGACGUGGGGGGGCUGUCCUCUGGCAGUGGGAAUGGGACUGGGGGUGACUCUCAGCAGAGCUCAGUGUCACAGGGUGGGACUUCUGGACCUGUCCCACCCCUCUCGUACCAGCCCCACACUCUGGGCACCAGUCAGAGCUCUCAGUCUGUUCAGCUGGGUUUGGUACGCCACUCUCCUGCUCGAGCCUCUGUUGCCAGCCAGUUGUCCUCUUACCGCUACAGCAGCCGUCAUUCCUCUCUGCGCACCUCCACCACAGGCCUGGAGCCCUGCCGACGUUCCUCCACCAGCCAGUUGUCCCUGCGCACGCUCCCCACCUCCCUGCAGCUCCGGCUGGGCUCCACCUCUGACACUACUGGCCCCUCUGUCUCUCUGUCCAGCCACAGCAUCCCUCCCUGCAAACGCCAUACACUGGUGGGUCUCCUGGGUAACGACGGCUUGUGUUGCACCGUCACCGACCCCCUCAGCCAGCAUCUCCACCAUCAGCACAACCCCACAGUCUCCACCGUGCGCAGAGAUGACAUCUCCUACAGAGUGCAGAUUGUGGACGUGAGUCAGGUUCUGGAGAACAUCAACCUAUCAAAGAGGAAGGAGCUGCAGUGGCCUGAUGAAACCAUGAGACUGAGGGCAGGACGGACCUGCUGGAGGGACUGGAGCCCUUUAGAGGGCAUGGAAGGACAUGUGCUUCACCGGUGGGUGCCUUGUAGCAGAGACCCAGCCAGUCGCUCCCAUAUUGACAAGACCAUCCUGCUGGUACAGGUGGAAGAUAAGUUGGUGCCCAUUAUUGAGACUGGGGUCAUUGAAUUGGGUGCAGAGGUAUAAGAUGAGC